UCACGAAACAUGUUGUCACGAUUGUGUGUAAACACUGGCCGAAAAUUACUGUUAAGUGCAAGUAUAAAUUCUCAGAAAAUAGUAAAAUGCAAAUUCAGUCACCUCACUCUUCAUACGACAAGCAUUUCGUCACGGAACAAUUGUGCAUUCAACUUCCACAAACAUUUGAAAAUUAUCGGUAUUUGCUCCGUUCGACAUCAAAGCACAGUUGAUACAACGAAAGAGGCAGUAUUAAAUACACAGACAGAUUCAUCGGUAUCAGAUAUUCAGAAAGUAGCAGCAAACACAAGUGAUACAGUAACAGACAAAGUAUUUAUAAGUGAAUUACCAGAGAUACCUGUACCACAAACUCAAGAAAUAAUAGAAACUAUUGUUAAGCUACAUCCAAAUGGUGAGCCUACAUUAGAGAGUAUAGGAUUAGGUGGAUAUACUCCUGUUGGACUUGUACAGUCUGCUUUGGAAUGGAUUCAUAUUUCCUGCAACAUGCCAUGGUGGUCCACAAUUAUGAUAGGCACUGUCAUUUGUAGAACACUACUAUUUCCAUUGGUUAUAAGAACACAAAGAUAUACAGCCAUGUAUCGAAAUAAUUUACCAGAAAUGGAAAAAUUACAGACAAAAAUGACUGAGGCAAGACAAUGUGGAAAUGAAUACGAAGCUGCUAUGCAUGCCCAAGACUUGAUGAAAUUUAUGUCUAAAAAAAGUAUAAAUCCUCUAAAGUGUUUUACUGUAGCUGCAAUACAGAUGCCAGUAUUUUUGUCAUUCUUCUUGGCCUUAAGGAAAAUGGCUAAUACUCCAGUUGAAAGUUUAAAAGAAGGUGGACUAUGGUGGUUUACAGAUUUAACUCUUGCUGAUCCAUAUUACUUACUACCUUUAAUCACUUCUGUAACAUUGUAUGUAACAACUGAGUUUAGUAUACUAGGAGCAACUGGUCCCGGUGGUAUGGGAAUGGGAAAAUAUAUAUUUCGAUUUCUACCGAUACUUAUGUUUCCAUUUAUAAUGAACUUUCCAGCGGCCAUUUUAUGCUACUGGGUGUCAACAAAUUUUUUUACCUUACUCCAAGUCACAUUUUUGAGAAUCGAAAAAGUUAGAAAAUUUUUUGAUAUACCAAUUGAAGUAAAGAAGACAACACCAAAGCUUCCUUUAAAAUUAGAAAAUAUCAAGGCUGGAAUAGAAAAUUCUUGGAGUAAUAUUAAAUUAACUAGAAGACUAUCGGAUCACAUGCGUGCUGAUGCGAUACAAUUUAAUCAAGCAGGAAAAGCCCCUUUAAAGAAAACGUUCAAAUAUAACCCAAUAAAAACUCCACCAACAGCAACAAAAAUUUUGACAAAAAACAGAUAAUACUUUAUAUAUGUAACCUUUGCUUGUAGAUAAAAUUAUAUUAUUUAACUUAUCAUAACAAAUUGAUUAUAAUGGUUCUAUAUUUUAAUAAUAAAUAAUUGUAAAUCUAA